AUGCCCCAUGGCGAAGCAGGUCGCCACACACCCAUUUCCGAUGCGCCCGCCUUCUGCGCGCCCCGCUUCCCCUUGCGCGCCUCCCUGCAGAAGCGCCAGCUGGCGCAGCCGACGCCCCGCAUGCCUGUGAUGUCCCCCCUGCCCCACCGCCUGCCGCUGGCUACGUUUGCGCCCGUGGUGGUGGCCACCUCUGGCUUCUUGGAAGCCCAGAAGCAGACCAUCAAGCUGCUGUUGGAGAACCUGGGCGGAAGCUUCAUGGGCAACUUCAAGCCGGGGGAAACCACGCACCUCAUGGUGCCCUCCCUGGUCGGGGCCAACGACGGCACACAGAAGAAGGUUGCGCUGGCGCUGCGGCGCGGCCGCCCCGUGGUGACGGCGGACUGGCUCAUCCAGUCCGCGCUCGCUGGCCUGGGCGGCAUCCCUGGCACGCAGCAGGGGCGGAGCGUCGGCGGCAUCGUCCGGGCGGGCGCUCCAGGGCCCGGCAUCAGCGGCAGCACCGGCGGCGCCGCCAGCCGAUUUGGCGCCAUGCCUCCGCCGCAGGCACCAGAGCAGCAGCAGCAGCAGCAGCAGCAGCAGCAGCAGCAGCAGCAGCAGCAGCAGCAGCAGCAGCAGCAGCAGCAGCAGCGCGCGAAUGAGCAAAGGCUCCAGGAGCGAGCACAAGUGAGACCAGACCAGGAACAGCCUGCAGCGGACUCCCUGCCCAGCCCCCUGAGGAGCCCGCUGAACCUGGCGCCCACCAAUACAGCAGCAGGAUCACAAAACCAGCACCAACAGCAGCAGCCUGGCAGCCAGCGGCAGCAGCACACGCCCAAACCUGCACCCAAGCCGACACCCAAGAAGCGCACGCCGAGGGCGACGCCAAAGCAGCAGGCGCAGAGGCAGCAGGGCGCGGCCAGGCGCGAGGAGGCGUUGCAGCAGCAGGCGCUGCACGAGGCCGCGGCGGGGCGGACCCGGCAGGGUUCGGCCGCCGCAGCCGCGGCUGCAGCGGCCCCUGCCGCACAGGGCGCGUCUGCGGCGCAGCAGCAGCAGCAGCAGCAGCAGCAGCAGCAGCAGCCGUUGCCUCAUGGCUCCUCGGACAACGAAGAGGCGGCAUGGCAGGGGGUAGACACCCUGCUCACCAGCCUCACCUCCAGCCGCCCCGACGCGCCGCCGUCGCCGCCCCACGGCGGCGGCUUCCUCGACCCCCCAGCUGCGGGCAGCCUGGGCGGCCACCACCGGCUGCGCUCGGCGAAACGCGUCGCGUCGGAAGAUGCGGGCGCACCCGGCGGCGACGGCGGCGGCGGCGGCGAGCAGCAGCAGCACCAGCAGCACGGGCAGCAGCAAGCGGGCCAGGCAGGGAAGCGAGCCAAGCGCGGCGGCGCGGGCGCGGCCGUGGGGGCGGCUGCGGCGACCCCGCCCGGCGCCGCCAAUAGCGGCAGCAGCGCCGGCGGUGGCCCGAGCGCCGGCUCCAUGCCACCGCCAGGCGCGCGUGCGACGCGGGGCUCCGCGCGCAAGCGGCCGAGCGCCGCUGGCGGGAGCGAUGGGGGUGGCGCGGUUGCGCAGCUGGCGGAGGCGGCGCCAGCUGGCAUUAUGGAAAUGUCCCAGCCUCAGGUCGGGUAUGACGUGGGACCUCAGGCGUCGGAGCGCCUCCGUGCGCACGGCGCCGCGAGGAGCGGGUCCGGGGGCAGCACGGGCAGCGCGGGGGACGCGCGGCUGAAGCGGCAGAUAAUAGCGCAGGUGCAGGGGGCGGGAGGCGGCGGCGGCAGGGGGGCCGGCAGCGGCGGCGGCCAGGCGCGCCACUAG